CAUCAAACCCCCAAUUUCCCAAACCUCAGAUCCUGCGAUUACAUCAGUCCAUCCCCCAAAAAUCACCCCGUUCGAGAUUUCUAGGGUUUCUGUUUUGAAACUGACCCUUUUUCUCUCGCUCUCUCCACGACUGACGAUUCAUCAGUCUUCUGUUUACUUCCCAUCUUUCAGUACCCUUUGGCUCUACAUCUCCGCAAUCUAUGUAAAGGAGGGAAGUUAUUUUAGGGUGUUAUAAAACUCAAUUGGGUUGGUUGUUUAUCUGUGGGAUUUUCGUCAUUGUGGGUUUGGGUUUGAAUAACAAAAUCGCAGUCUUCCACAGUGUGAUUGAUGAGGAAGAAGAGAAAAGGAAGUGAAAUUUUGCGUGUAAGUAAGAAAGAUUUUUUCCAAUCAACCCAAGACUCCGAAUCAUCUAUAUCGAAUUUGAAGUCUCAUUAUUCAUUGGAAGACUACUCAAGGUUGAACAAAAGGUGUAAAGAGGAUGUGCUGGGCACUGAGACUGUUGUCGGGUCAUGUAAAACUAGGCUUGCCGGGAUUGCUGCAACGGCCCCCCCAUGUGGUACUUCGUCGUUGGUCUCAUCUGGAAGAGGGCAUAAGAGGAAGAUAGGGUGUAUUGAUGCCACAACUCAAAUUGGUAGGAAAACCAAGAUUGAGGAUGAUUAUGUUGAGGGUGAAAAAAUUGGGAAAGGUAAAUUUGGUUCGGUCUGGUUAUGUCGGAAUAGGCUUACUGAUGUGGAAUUUGCAUGUAAAACCUUGAAAAAAGGGGAGGAGACUGUCCAUCGGGAAGUGGAAAUCAUGCAGCAUUUAUCUGGGCACCCGGGUGUUGUGACAUUGGAAGCGGUGUAUGAGGAUGAGGAAUCUUUUCACUUGGUGAUGGAGUUGUGUUCAGGAGGAAGGUUGAUUGAUCAGAUGGCCAAGGAGGGGCAGUAUUCAGAGCACCGGGCUGCUAAUAUAUUUAAGGAAUUGAUGCUGGUGAUCAAGUAUUGUCAGGAGAUGGGGGUUGUACAUAGGGAUAUAAAGCCUGAGAAUAUUCUACUUACUACUUCUGGGAAGAUAAAACUUGCAGAUUUUGGCUUGGCCAUGAGGAUUGCGAAUGGUCAGAGGUUGACUGGCUUGGCUGGAAGUCCAGCUUAUGUUGCCCCAGAAGUUUUGUUGGGGAAUUACUCGGAGAAAGUGGAUGUCUGGAGUGCUGGUGUCCUUUUACAUGCUCUCUUAAGUGGUGUUCUUCCAUUUCAAGGUGACUCAUUAAAAGCAGUUUUUGAGGCAAUCAAGAAUGUGAAGCUUGAUUUCCACACGGGGAUAUGGGAAUCUGUUUCUAAACCUGCACGGGAUCUGCUCGAGAGAAUCCUCACAAGGGAUGCUGUGGCGAGGAUGACAGCAGAUGAAGUACUAAGUCAUCCAUGGAUUUUGUUCUACACUGAGCGCACAUUGAGGACACUAUCUUUCAAAUCAAAAUUGAAGAGUCAAUCUGGAUCACUUUCUCAGCCACCAGCCGCUAGGCCCACUACAUCCAGACUAGACUCUGAUGAAAAUAAGGUCAGCAGUUAUCCUCCCAAUGAGGAUACAAGUCCGCUGUCAUUUUCGGGAACUUGGCAUCACGAGUCAGAAGAGCAGGAUGAUUCUGGUUUGGUUGAUGCACUCUCGGUGGCAAUUUCACAUGUGAGAAUUUCUGAACCCAAGAGGAGCAGGUUGUGUGGUCCAAGCAGUCCAAUAAGGGAGCAGUGCUCGUCUAACAUGUCUAACAAUCUUUGCCAAGCAUGUUGAUUCCACUAAAUAUGCAGCUGACCAAGUGACACCACCAUUUUCAUGCAUCACAAUCUCCACUUUUUAUUGAUUGCGGAUCGACUGCAUUUUUAAACUGUUGGAGGAUCAUCCGCUACACAAAGGCAAAUAAAGCAAUUAUGUUAUUU